AUGCCAUUUGGCCAAUUGAUGGCGGAGUUCCAAAUAUCUGGUUGGGUUCAUAACGUGUCUUUCUCUCCGUCUGGAUGCAGGCUAGCUUUUGUUGCUCAUGAUUCCUCCAUAUCCUAUGUGGACGCCAACCAGGAUAAUACGGUAGCUCAUACUCUUCGAACUAGUUGUCUUCCGUUUACGUCUGCCGAAUGGGUAACGGAGAACAGCAUCGUUGCUGCAGGUCAUGACUACUCUCCUGUUUUGUUCACUGUUACGGAUGGUGGUCUGAAAGAAGUUUGUAAAUUGGAUAUUCCGUCAGAACAACAAGUAUCAUCUGUGAACUCCGCGCUGCAGAUGUUCCGCAAUAUCGACAGGAAUGCAGCUUCUGAACAGGUCAAUGUGCAGCUAAAAACACUUCAUCAGAAUAUGAUUACGCAAAUUUUGCCGCAUUCUGGUACCAGAAAUAAUAUUCUAAAGUUUACCACAUGUGGAACUGAUGGUCUUAUUGCACUCUGGGAUUUGAAGGUAUCUACUGUUAAUUAUUUUGAUGGUUUUGUUUAUCUUUCAACGUUACCGGAAUUCACAACGGAAAACAAAACGUUUGGAGACGCUGUUUGCCUGUGUGGAUUGGAACGACUCUUUAUGCACGAGUGGUGA